UUCUAAAGAGGGGUGGAAUUGAGGAGUGGAAUAUCGCUGUCAUUACUCAUUCGCUUUCAAUUGGAAAUAGGAAGUACAAGUUGAUCUACAUAAAAGUGUUGUAUUGUUCAGUAUACUGUAUUUUUAUUAGUUCAAGGGUAAAGUGUGUCAAAAAACUACAAAAAUGGGCUCCUUAUUUCGGAGUGCUGAAAUGACACUAUGUCAGUUAUUUUUGCAAAGUGAAGCUGCAUAUGCUUGUGUAUCGGAACUUGGUGAACUCGGCCUUGUCCAAUUUAGAGAUCUAAAUCCUGAUGUGAACGCUUUCCAACGGAAAUUUGUUAAUGAAGUGAGGCGUUGCGAUGAAAUGGAAAGAAAAUUGCGUUACCUAGAAAAGGAAAUAAAGAAAGAUGGUAUUCCUAUGCUUGAUACAGGGGAAAACCCAGAAGCUCCUCAACCUAGAGAAAUGAUUGAUUUAGAGGCCACAUUUGAGAAACUUGAAAACGAACUUCGGGAAGUUAAUCAGAAUGCAGAAGCACUGAAGAGAAAUUUUUUGGAAUUAACAGAACUUAAGCAGAUAUUGCGCAAAACCCAAGUCUUCUUCGAUGAACACGAGGGGGGUGCAAACCCCACUGAGUCUAUGACCAGGGCCCUCAUUAGUGACGACUGUAUAGCCCGACAAAGCACCCUAGGCCCCGUGCAAUUGGGUUUUCCGGAAAAAGAUUUUGACCCAGAGGAGUACUUUCCAUGUUUUGUUGCUGGGGUUAUACUGCGAGAACGUAUUCCUGCUUUUGAACGAAUGUUAUGGAGAGCUUGUCGAGGAAAUGUAUUUUUACGUCAAGCAGAAAUUGAAACUCCCUUAGAGGACCCAUCAACUAGUGAUCAAGUCUACAAGUCUGUUUUCAUUAUAUUUUUCCAAGGAGAUCAACUAAAAACAAGAGUAAAGAAAAUUUGUGAAGGAUUUAGAGCAACACUUUAUCCAUGCCCAGAAGCUCCUGCGGAUCGCAGGGAAAUGGCAAUGGGUGUUAUGACACGAAUUGAGGAUCUUAAUACAGUUCUAGGACAAACACAAGACCAUCGUCAUAGGGUCUUAGUUGCUGCAGCCAAAAAUAUCAAGAAUUGGUUUGUUAAAGUUCGUAAAAUUAAGGCUAUUUAUCAUACAUUAAACUUAUUUAAUUUGGAUGUUACCCAAAAGUGUUUAAUUGCUGAAUGUUGGGUUCCUGUUCUUGAUUUAGAAAAUAUUCAACUGGCACUUCGCAGAGGAACUGAACGCAGUGGCAGUUCAGUGCCACCCAUAUUAAAUAGGAUGGAUACAUUAGAAGAUCCGCCAACUUACAAUAACACCAAUAAGUUUACGUCUGCUUUUCAGACACUUAUAGAUUCAUAUGGUGUUGCUUCUUACAGGGAAAUGAAUCCUGCACCUUACACCAUUAUAACCUUUCCAUUUCUCUUUGCUGUAAUGUUUGGUGAUAUCGGACAUGGACUUAUUAUGGCAACAUUUGGAGCUUGGAUGGUUUUAAAAGAAAAGCCGCUGGCAGCAAAGAAAUCUGAAAAUGAAAUUUGGAAUAUAUUUUUUGGAGGUCGAUAUAUAAUAUUAUUGAUGGGUAUGUUCUCGAUGUAUACUGGUUUGAUCUAUAACGAUGUAUUUUCUAAAUCACUGAAUAUAUUUGGAUCUAGUUGGAGAGUAGCUAAUCUCACAAAGGAAGACCUGAAGACUAUUGGCUCAGAUUAUACUCUAAAUCCAAUGACCACACAUGACUAUUCGGGGAAUCCAUAUCCUAUUGGACUGGACCCGGUUUGGCAACUGGCUGAGAAUAAAAUCAUAUUCCAGAACUCCUUUAAGAUGAAAAUAUCAAUUAUUAUUGGUAUUAUUCACAUGUUGUUUGGAGUUAUUAUGAGUCUUUUUAACCAUUUGUAUUUUAAAAAUAUGGUUGGCAUUUUCGCAGAAUUCAUCCCACAAAUUGUUUUCCUCGUUUUUCUAUUCUUUUAUAUGGUGAUACUGAUGUUCAUAAAAUGGUUGAAGUAUUUUGCAAAUAUAGAAAAAAAGGAUUUCAUUUAUGGUACCAGAUGUGCUCCGUCUGUAUUGAUAACAUUCAUUAAUAUGAUACUGAAUAAUAAAACUCCCUUUGAGAAGGAAUGUCUGACCUCUGACAUGUUCCCUGGACAAAUUUAUUUACAAAGAUUCCUUCUUGCCUGUGCUUUUAUAUGUAUCCCCUGGAUGCUUCUUGCCAAACCUCUUUAUAUAAUGAGAAGCCGAAAGAAUACUAGUUAUUCGGUAUCCCAUCAACAAAUGCAGUCAGCUACAGAAAAUGGUGAUGCUGAACAACCAAUCCACAAUAACACAUCACAAGCUCCUGUUGCCCACGGAGGACACGAGGAGCAAUCUCUUGAUGAAGUAUUUAUUCAUCAAGGUAUUCACACCAUCGAAUAUGUCUUGGGAUCAGUUUCCCACACUGCUUCAUAUCUCCGUCUAUGGGCAUUGUCUCUUGCGCAUGCACAGCUCUCAGAAGUACUGUGGAAUAUGGUGUUAAGUAAAGGUUUAACAGUUGAUGGUUGGGUAGGGGGAGUUGCACUAUAUGUAAUCUUCGGUUUGUGGGGAAUCCUAACUGUAUCCAUUUUAGUUCUCAUGGAAGGACUUUCUGCAUUCUUGCAUACUCUACGUUUACAUUGGGUGGAAUUUCAAAGUAAAUUCUAUUCAGGAAAUGGUUAUAGUUUUCAACCAUUUUCAUUUGAGAUUAUUCUGGAUUCUGCUACCCAGGCUAAAGAAGAAGUUUAAAUAUUAUGUAGAGAAUUUAUCUUGUAAUGCAUGUUAACUAAUUGUACUUAAGUAUAAUUUUAAAUGAACUAUGCAUGUGUAGUACCUCUUUGACAAUUUUGUUUCAAUAACAUUAAUAAUAAUCGAUGUAAACUUAUAAUGAAUAAACUGUAUAAGAGGC